GUAUGAAAUCCGUCCCGACUGUUUUGGUCUUGCCUGUGGUGUUUGGAUGUAUCCCGGAUUCCAGCGCAGUCAGGUCCACCGUGUAUUAUGGUAUAGACCAGGAGGCUGUGAAGGGCUGUGAACUGGUCGAGCUGCUGCAUUUGUUAUCUGUGUUGCUGAGUUGGAGACGACGAUUUUAGUCGAAGGCACAUAUGGACCGUCCUGAUGAUGGCGUCUUGGAGAGCGGGCGAAUUCUGAGAAUUUCGUCGGGUUACUUGACCUAAUGCUUCGGCACAAGGCUGCGGACACCUGGUCUCAACUGCGUGAGAGCCUCAUACCUUUUCGGAAAUCUGAGGUAGACCUUUUGCGGACUGGU